AUGGAAGAAACAGAAAAAGGAACGCGCAUAGGGCCGCUGCCUGGGGGUCGCCGGGGCGCGUCUGGAGCUGGCGCUGGACGCGGCAGCAUGCGGGCCGCCAGCCGAGCGCGAGGAGCUGCACGAUCACCUAGCAGCCCCUCGCAUCCAUCAUCCCCACCAGAAGGCUUGGUGUCGGCUGGGUCUUCUCGGACCCAGCAAGCGGCACCCGCCGCUGGUGGAGCACGUCGCAUGCGUUGGACAAAAUCCAUGAACGAAAACGCAUUGCGGGCGUACUAUAGGGCGAAAGGGAAAGAAACUGUGGGAAUAGCGUAUAGGUCUCGGAUGCAUUGCUUUUUUGCUGAGCUGGAGCCGUCUAAUCCCAGUUAG